AUGAGCUCGGUCGUCCAGGAAAGGAGAUGCGGGGCGAGAGAGACAUGCCCCGUGCAGGGCUUAGUCAGGAACCGCUUCAGGUUGAACGACCUGGAGUACUUUCCUCGACAGCUUGAUGUUGCCGCUAUCUUCCGCGACGAUGGACUGAAGACUUCUACCAAUCUCGCUUUCGAUUUCCUCCGGUCUCUCCGCGAACCUUGGGACGUCCAACCGACACCACCCGCGAAGGCUGUGAUUAUUGGUACGACAGUUUCAGCCUCUCUUACCCCCUUCACCCGGGGCGCAAAAGGCGCCGAAGAGGAAGUUGUUCCCGCUGCAAACAAGUACGAGGAUAUGCCCAAGGGUCUCACCACUGACCAGCUCGACAACAGGACGACGACCGCUAUGACGUCCAACGACGCCGUCAGCUCAAAGGCUGAAGAAGCGCAAGCAAUUAAUGCCCAGACUGAGAGGACGACCACCCGCCAGGCAUUACGUGAAGCCCGGUUCUCCAACCACAAGAGUACCAGGGGACACAAUGUUCAGACCGAGGCUGAAUUCGAACGUAUGUAUGCUGCGCGCAACAGGGCUGCAUCUAGCUGCGCACAUACUGUGAAUCAUGAUCGCUUCCAUUUUGACCACCAUCCCAAAUACAUCCCCCGGAACAUCGCUUAUAGAGAACCCUUCCCGCACCAAACCUCAAAUCGUCAUCCUUCGGACCUGGACAACGAUGGGCCCGACUCCGCAUGCGGGUUCACCCGUCAUACGUAA